AUGAGACCCGCCAGAGGGACACGUUUAACAAGGCUGCUGGUUUGGUAUGCUACAUUCCUGGUCGUGUGCGUCUAUGGGGACAACUCCGCCUCCUCAAGUCGGGCCCAAGCUGAAGUCGUUUAUGAAUGGGUUACCGUCGACUAUGACUGGCCGUCUGACGAUGUGAAACACCAGUUUGAGCAAGAUGGCCGAUACGUUCCAUCCCAUAAUUUGGUCUCAGGAGUCAAAACUUACAAGGGUCAGGUGUAUCUGAGUGUCCCUAGACUGCGCUACACCAACGGCGUGCCGUCCACACUUAAUCAGGUGGUUCAGAAGGGGAACCAGUCUGUGCUACGGCCGUUUCCAUCCUGGGAGUGGCAGGAGCUGGGCAACUGUAGCGCCCUGCAGUGUGCCAUGAGCAUGGAGGUUGACCCAAUCUCUGGACACAUGUACGUGAUAGACGUGGGUCGGUCUGGCUUCUUUGGUGACGUCAGCAACGAUUCGGCUCCGGUGGUGUGUCCCGCCAAACUUGUGGUCUUUGAUCUUGCAGAUGGGCAUCUUGUACGCAGCCAUGAUUUUCCGGAAGAUCUUGUUUCAAAAGAAACCAACUUUCUCAACGACAUUGUCCUCGACCGUGGCAACGCAUUAUCUACCCAGGUGAGGUGGGUUCACAUCACCGACGCCAUUGAUGCUAAACUGGUCACCUUUAGCCUUGAAACCAAUCUGAGCCACACGGUGCAUCACUCGUCCAUGGACGCUGACCCAGGCUUGGGGUCGGACAUCACCGUGAACGGACAGACAUUCAAACUAGUAACUCCCAUUGAUGGUCUCGCCAUGUCUGCAGAUUUCCAGUACCUCUACUUCUGCCCGCUGGGCAGCAGAGACCUUUACCAGGUUCCCUCGGAUAUUGUCAGGUAUCCAGGAGAGGACUUCGCUAACAGUGUCCGCUUUGUGGGCUCCAAGAUCUCACAGACUGGAGGCAUGACUUACGCUACCAAUAAUCUUUUCUAUGGGGCUCUAACCCGGAAUGGAGUCUACCGUUGGGAGGUGAGCAAAGACGAGCGGGACCAAGGUGUGGAUGCCUCAAAUGUCCUCUUGAAAACUGAAACGGAGCUGGUGCAUGACGAUGAGAAACUCCAAUGGCCGGAUUCCUUCACCAUAGACGAGUCUGGCUUCUUAUGGUUCACUGCCUGCCGUGCCCAGCUCUUUCUCCUGGGAGAUAUGGAUUUCCAGGGAACACAGGGAGCCAACUUCAGGGUCUGGAGGGUGAACAUCUCAGAGAAAGGAUACUUGGCCACUCCUGGCUCUUCGCUGUAG